AGAUUGUGAGAAGAUUUGAGGGGAUUCCUCGGCCAACAAAAGAAACAUCCACAGGGGAGCGUUUGCAGGAUCUGGUCCGCGGGCCUUGACUUUGACACCCCUGAGCUAAGAGGAACCGAAAGUGGCGUCGGUGGGUGUUCCAGAAAGGACGCUAACUUGUCAGGACACAUCUGUGGCGGGGGACGGCAGGAAGGAAGACACAGUGUAAAUCCAAACAGCACAGUCGAAAUCUGGUAUUUCCGACAGUUUCCGUCCUGGGCUUUGCGACACCAGCCGCACCGCUUUACGGCAGAGGAGUCACACGUGUUGUGGUCGCAUGGAGGACUGCUGAGUCGGGAGUCGCUGCCAAAGUUUAGUUCAGUUGAAGAAUGUCGUACAGAGGCGGUGGAGGACGAGGCGGAGGAUUUAACCGUGGUGGGGGAGGCCGAGGAGGAGGCUAUGGCGGCGGAGGAGGCUAUGGCGGCAGAGGAGGAGGAGGCUAUGGUGGCGGCAGGGGUGGUGGUCGUGGAGGUUUUAACAGACAGCAAGACUAUGGACCCCCAGAAUAUGUUGUUGCUUUAGGAGAGUUUGUGCAUCCAUGUGAGGAUGAAAUUGUGUGCAAGUGCACAACAGCUGAAAACAAAGUUCCCUACUUCAAUGCCCCGGUGUACCUGGAAAACAAGGAGCAGAUUGGCAAGGUGGACGAGAUAUUCGGGCAGCUGCGUGACUUUUAUUUUUCCGUCAAACUUUCUGAAAAUAUGAAGGCGUCUUCGUUUAAGAAGCUGCAGAAGUUUUAUAUAGAUCCAAUGAAGCUCCUACCACUGCAGAGAUUCCUGCCCAGGCCGCCUGGAGAAAAAGGCCCGCCAAGAGGUCGAGGUGGGGGUAGAGGCGGAGGAAGAGGCGGCGGUCGCGGAGGCGGAUUUCGUGGUGGAAGAGGAGGUGGCGGGCGGGGAGGCUUUGGAGGAGGUGGACGUGGAGGAUUUGGAGGAGGUGGACGUGGAGGUAGCUUCAGAGGGAGAGGCGGCGGUGGAGGACGUGGAUUCAGAGGCGGGAGAUGAUUUGCCAUGUGUCGAUAAUUCAUCCCAGCGCUUUUUAAGGGUUUCAGCACCUUUCUACGUGGAUACAACAUUGGACAUUACAUCUGGGGUGCAUUUUUUUUCUUUAGUUGUUUAUUUUAUUUUUUUAACUAGUCUUGUACAAGUGAUGGACAUUUUGAUUUUUACUCCAAAUGCUUGUGACAACCACAUUUCCUUCACUGUGUGCAUUGGCAUGUUAUUGUCCUGUGAGCAUGAGCACAUGCCUUCACAAACAAGCAUUAGUCACAUAUGAACACAUGUGGGCAAAGGGGACCCAGAGUUUUAUAACAUUCUGAAUUUAUCUGCAGAAAGUGGUCAAGUAUUUUGUAAUUAUCAUGAUUAAAUGUUUUUUUGUGUAAUAUCUGUUGUUUUUGGUACUUUAAAAAGGUUAAACAUUCAAUUAAAAAAAACAAUUGUGACCACCAAUGGGUAAUGUGACAGAUUUUAGUGACUGCGUGUUUCUACGCUUUUUUUAAGACGUACAGAAAGUACAGUACUUGCAAAAAGUUAGGGAUAUUUGGCUUCUGGGUGAAAUUUCAUGAUGAAACUAAAAUGCACUACUAUAUGCCUUUCUGCGA